UCUGAGAGGACAAAGUCAGCAGGUCAUCAAGUGCUGGUUCUUGGGGUGGACCGCAUGUUUGGUGUAGCAUGACUCAGGCAGCAACGCACACUGCAGCUUUGUAGCAACGGAUUGCUCGGCACUGUGCGACGGCGAAGACAAGGCUAGUUCAAUAUGGCGAGCGAUCGGGGAAAUGAGUCUCCGUUUCGACCUCCAACACAAGCUGAGGAGGAGGUGUUGCAGGCAAAGCACCCUGUUUGGGAAUGGAUUACAAGGGGUCAGAAGAAACGGGGUAACUCCCAUGGAUCUUAUAGACUCAAGUGCAAACUGUGUGGAAAAGAGUUUGUGGGUCCGCAGUCGAGAGCCUGUUUCCACUUCACCAAUCCGUCAGACACUGCACGAUGCAGAGGUACAAGUGGAAAGAUUCUCCAUGCUCUGCAGCAGAAAGGAGCUGUCAUCCCCCAGAAACUAUGGCACUUAGUCGAGGACUUUGUUUGGAAGACAAGCGGUACAAAAUGGGACCAUGAGAAUGAUGACGGUGGCAAUGGAGACGACGAUUGCGACAGUGAGGAGGAGGAGGAGGAGAGUUCGGACAUGGGGUGUCAGGGGCAAGGUGGAGCUGCGAAUGAGGCCGCACCGACAACGGGUCGUGUGGCUGUUGCUGCAGCUGCAGCAGCGGAUGAGGGUAACCGUGGGAACAAAGAUCAUGGUGCUGGUACUCAUGGUGGUGGUUUUACGGUGGUAGGAAAUAACGAUGAGCCUGUGGAGAAGAAAAUCACCCCGGAAGAGUACCAGAAGAAUGUGCACAUGGCGACCGCCAGGUUCUUUUACGCGUGUGGCAUCCCCUUUCGAACUGUCUUGCAUUUCACGUUUCAAAAAUUGCAUGAAGUUUACAUGGUUCUUGUCGACGACGAAUACAAAAUUCCACCCCCGACAUACGAGGCUCUUGCUACCUCCCUGCUUGAUGCCGUCAAGGCUGAACUAGAGGAACGUGUGGCGGCGUUGCGAUCGUCGUGGAAGAUGGCCUGCAGUUUUUUAACGAACGGCACCACGUCAACUACUUCCAUCAUGAACUUUGUCCUGGGAGGCGAGACGGGCAUGUUUCUGCUCAAGACUCAGGACAUGAGCAAACUGCGGUUGCCGCCUGUGGUGCUGGCGAAGGAGUGGGCCCACACGAUCUCCGAGGUGGGCCCUCAUCUGAUCGAUGCCAUAGUCACAGACUUUGGACUUGUCAACGUUGACGCUGCAAAACUUUUGUCCUUGUCCGAGGACCAAGCCAUCAGUUCCAUCCCUUGGGUUCCUUGUGCCGUGGACUGGUGUAAUUUGCUCCUGAACGAUCUGCACAGCGAUCUAUGGCUAGAAACUGUCAUCCUGGAGGCUCGAGACAUCACAAUCUUUGUGAAGACUCACGGCCGGCCUCUUGCGAUGAUGAGAGAGAUCGAAGGGUGCAAGGAUCUGAUCAAGCCAGAUGACGUCGUGUAUGGUGUCGAUUUGCUGAAUCUGAAGAAGCUGCAGGAAAUGCGGUGGGUCUUACAUAAGUUGGUGAGCUCGCAGAAGUGGAAGUUGACGCCUUGGACCGACAGAUUGCUAGAAUCCGCACAGAGGAUGUUCCAUCUGGUAAGGGAUAGCGCUUGGUGGGAAAGGGUGCAGCAGGUUGUGAAUUUACUCAAGCCCAUCAACGAUUUGAUGAAGAUGCUCGACACCGACGCUCGACGUGGCAGUAAGGUGUGGGAGACCGGUCGUAUCCUAGAGCAGAGAGUGGAUGCCCUGCAAGCCCCUGCGGAUGUGAAAGCCCGCUUGGUCGAUGCUAUCAAGUCAAGGGUUGGGAUGAUAAUGACUCCUGCGUAUGGAGCUGCCUACCUCUUGGAUCCGAAGAACAGGGACGGUGGCGGGAUCAAAAGCUUCCCGCAAUCUGCGAUUGAAAACGCCGUACUAUAUUUAGAAAGGGUAUGUGGGGGGCGUCAGUCUGAGGAGUUUGUGGCAGCCUUCGCGUCUCUCCCUGUCUUCCACAGGAGAGAUCCUUCGGCGAGUGACGCGUGGGGAGGGAAGCAGGGUGACCUCGAUGCCAGCAACGCUGACAUACACGGUACGACUUGGUGGGCGAAACACGGCAAUGACCAUCCGGCUCUGCAGAAGGUGGCCAUUCGCGCAUUGAACACAUGGUCCAUUGCCUCUCCGUGUGAGAGGAAGUGGGUGCCGCAACCGAGCUUUAUUCUCAGGGAAUGGAAGAGAAAGAUGCCGUGGUCGACUCUUGAAAAGCUUAUCUAUGUUCAUUGGAACUUGAGGCUUCUAUACGUACGUGAGCAUGAGUACGGUAAUGUGUACCCGUGGGGUGAUGAUGUGGAUGUAGCUGAGGACGAGACGCAGGGGGAGGGCUGCUUAGAUCGCGGGCAAUUAAAUCCUGAGGAGGCUGAAGCGCAAGCCAAAGGUUGGAGCAAGAAGCCUAACAAUGGCAAAUGGAGGCCGUGUGCCCCUCCUAAGGCAAGUGAUAGCUGGGAUUUCGAGGAUGACGUGGACGAAACGGAAUCUGAUUGGCUUCAGAGUGGGCUGUGUUGUCGAUAUCAACCGAUCGUGUAUUAUUCUGAGGAUGAUUGGGACUUUCGGGAUGCUGGUUCUGAUCGGGAAAACCUGGAUAAUCAUGAUGACGACGAUGAUGCACCUGGGGGGAGCUCUCGAAUGCUGCCACUUUCCACGUCAGUACGGGACAGAGUGCCGCCUGCAGCAGAGGUCAGGACUGAUUAUACGCCCCAAGCAACACCCAGAGAGAAUGCUUCGCCGGGGAGCAAAAGGGUGACCUUUGCAGAGAGUGCUAAGGAGAAGGAUGGGCCGGGCAACGAGGAUGCAGGAAUGAGGGGGGGGGACAGGAUUCCUGUGGAGGAGAGCAGGAAGCUGGCAGGUCAAGAGUCAGAUGCAGGCCAACAGAUGCCUCUGAAGGAGGGGAGUCGAAGGGAUGUAAAGGCUGGGACAAGGAAGGCCAAAGAACAGCCUGCAGGGGCAAAGAGUACGGAAGGCAAUGGGGCGGAGCAGCAGAGCCGCGAGGAAGGAACCGCGGCAUCGGUACGGAAAAAAAGGAAAGAAGGAGGGAAAGCGAAGGGCCAUAAGAAGAAAACUUGAGCUCGCGGAAUGCAGUUUGGGGAGGGGGAAUUUGUACAGAGUGGCUAUGGAGGAAGGCUGAGCAGAAAAAAAGGGGAAUGGAAUGACCAAAGAGGAAAUUCAAUGCUGCAGAAGAAAGGGCAAAGGAAAAGACAUGUACAGAGCAGAAAGCCAAUGAGGUGGAAGUGGAUAGGGUGGGGGAGAUAGUGCGGUGAAGUUGGGUACAACGGCCGCAGCUGUCAAAUGCGGAGGAGUUUAGAUACAAUUGGUGAAGAGAGGGUCUGAGAUGGAGUGGCUCAAGCAGUGAAGGUGCGUAUUGGGUAGAAGGCAGAGAUUACAGUCAAGUGUAGGUAAGUUAUUUACGUAG